AUGGCAGGCGCGGUCAAGAGCUACUCGCUGUGGGUCAUGCCCAGAGGCCCGGUGGCCGACAAGCUGCACGGCGAGAUACGGAGCCUUUCGGCGCGGGUGCCGGGCGCGCCGCCCUUCCUGCCGCACGUCACGCUGCUGGGCGGCAUUCACACCACUGAGGCUGAUCCGUACCGCAUCUCCUUUGCCCGUGCCGCCUGCGGCGCCAUCUUCCACCAGUGCGUGUACCUGCUGUGCGAGACGCAACCCGACACGAUGCAGGCGAGAGCUGCAGGCGCGGCGGCGCGGGCGGCGUUCGGCCAGGACCCCGCCGCCGCCUACAUGCCGCACCUGUCGCUGCUGUACAGCGACAUCAGCGAGCUGGAGAGGCAGGGCAUAGCAGCGGAGGCGCAGCAGCGGCUGUUGGAGGGGCAGGGGGGGCAGGGGGCGCUGCUGCAGGGCGAGGAGCGUGGCUUUGAUGUGGCCAGCGUGACGGUGUGGGAGACGGAGGAGAUCGACCGCACGCUGGUCAGCUGGCGCCAGCUGGCAGACCCCCCGAUCGAGAGGCUAUGGGGCGUCCAGCCAUCGCUGUACCUGGACCUGCUGACCAUAUGCAUCGCCAGCGUGAGCCAGGUGGUGCUGGUGCACCGCCACUGGCGCAUGGAGGCGGGCAGCGGGCUGGCCGUCUUCCUGGUGCCAGACGUGCUGUGGACCAGCCUGGUGCUGGCCACCUACCUUCUGGAUGCGGGCAUGGGCAGCGCACUUGCGCUGGCAAAAACGCCAGCGCCAGGCUGGGGCGGGGUGGCGCGAGACCUGCUGCGCCUGGGAAACGGGUCGAGGGCGAUGUUUCUCCUCCUCAUCAGCGUCUUCAUGCCGCUGCCGCCAACGGCAGCCGUGGUGGUGCAUGCCGCCUCCACCCUGUUGACCUGCAACACGUCAGGCUACUGCCGGACGGUGCUGCUGAGCCACCCUCUCUCCCAUGCGCGCCAGGUCACGUUGCACCAGAGCAAGCCUGCCUUGCGGUCGUGA